CCUCCAAGGCAACCCCUCCCUGCCCAAAUCAUCCAGUCCCCCCCCACAUCCUCUUCAUUUAACCUCAUAUGACAGGAGUCCCCAACCCUCCCACUUUGGCUCACUUUUGCAAAACCCAGCAGACACACCAGAAAGGCUCUCCGAGGUUGUGACAUCCAGCAUAAGGACCUGUCAGCCCCUUUCUAGAAUCAUCUAGGAGGAAGCCUCUUCUAAUUUGGAAACGAACAAAGUAGAAAGUGUAGGCCAUAAUAAUGGCAUCCCAGAUCCCUGCACUGCCACAGUCCUACACUCCGGGGACUGACAGCGUCUUUUCUGACCAGUCUGCCUUUCACUCUCUGGACUCCAACGUACCUGGACUCUCAAAGGUGAUUCUCAACAAGCUCAACCUGAAGGACUACGAAGAAUACAGGGCUGUAGUCGAAGGGAAGGCUAGAGGAAUCUCAUUCCGCAACUACAAAGAGAUGUUCCAGAGGAUGGAGGAAACUUUCAAGUUCUGCGCCGGCUGUAACGAACUCCCCGAACAUCUCACCGAGGGACAGACCCUGAAGCGCUGCGUGAAGUGUUUGAAUGUGUACUACUGCACUAAGGACUGUCAAAGAAAGGACUGGGCUCAGCAUAAAAAGGUUUGCAAGAUAUUGUGGCUGGUGGCAAUUGACAGACUAGUGGAGUGGCUAAUGUUCACAGGAGACCUCCCCAUCCCUACUGAGAAGUGGACCAAGUCAGCUGGUGAGGUGAAGAACUGGGACGACUGGCUUUCCAAGCAGGGGGAUCUUACACCACGCCUGAACACGGUCUUGUCCGGUGCCAACAUGGCGGCCCUUUGGAAAAACGCCUCCAGACCUCGACCGGAUGAUGCUGACCUGCGACAAUCCUUAUGGCGAAUUCAGAGCGAGUUCCUCUCUCGAGUUCUCACGGUGGGCUUGGCCGUGCAGCACUUUAAACUGGACCCAUAUGACAAACCAGUCACUGUUCACCUAGUGGGGACAUCUCACAAUGAAACCAUGGGAGCCAGACUGACCGACUUUGAUGAGCUGAACCACAUGUUCCCUGGACACCAGGGGAUCGAAAUAGUCAUGGUGGGGCCUGAGGUGGUGGACGGCCCCAUCAUGAGACCUCCUCUCAGGGCAUUUGGCCCCAAGCACAGAGUCUACAUCAGCGCCUACAAGGCUCUUUACCAUCAGUUCUGGGAGGAUAUGGUGGUUAAACAGGAAGCAGCCAAGCCGGACCUGGUGGUUGGAUUUCAUCCUGGAUUCCACGCUAACCAGGGUCUGAUAGAGGGUUGGCUGCCCACUCUGCUGCUGCUCAGAGACUAUAACAUCCCUUCCUUCUUCACCAUGUUCAGUGAGAUGGAGCUCAAGUACUCACUGGAGAUUCUGCUGGAGCUGGAGAUGCACAUCAGGGACAGUGGGCCCAAUCCAUUCACCUCACAGAAACCAGAGCAGGUCCAAGCCUGUCCUAACAAACCCCUCGUCUACUGCAACUCUCAUUACGUCAGUUUCCAGGGACUGCUUCCACAAGAAGACCUUGAGGGCCGAGGUGCAGAUGCUUAGAGUCCACAGUGAAACCUAUGAAGGUAACUCAAAGCCUUCUUUUUGGACCUGACAGAUUUGCAGGUUUCCUAAAGUCCUUGGGGGACUUUCUGCAACCUGUCAGAGAUGGCCAUAACUCUGCUGGACACUGAAUCAUACCUCUGGCAAUUGGAGUGAAGGAAAAAUAAUCUUCACUCCUUCCAGAGUGUGCUAAAAACUAUCCUUUAAUUCUGAUAUGUUUACCUAAUGAGGAAGAAGCCAGCAGUGUUUGGGGGGGUAAAGCACCAGCGGAUCCCAGAGGUUUCUACUCGCUUCAUUAUGCAGGGUGACAUGACGACUGUUGGAUAUGAAGAGUCACUGUUGUACCUACAUUAUGUGACCAAAAUUAGCUUCAUCGUCACUUAACGACUUCCUGUGAUUUGUUCUGCGGCACGAGCGAAUUCCCAAACAUCACGCUGGCUGCACACGAAUUUAACACACAAUCUCAAAUAACGCCUAUAUAAAUGACAGCAUUAUCAAAGAAGCUGAGGUUCCUUUGAGAUUCGUGAUGGUUGUGAGUUUUUCUACUUUAUCGUGUGGAUUUGUCUCUGCUUUGUUGCUCAAAUUUGAGUCUUUAGUUCUUGAAAAAGAGUUGUGCUGACAGCAGAGAGCUCUACUGAUGCACAUUAAAGUAACAUUUCUUUAUCAAUGCCUCUGUUUACUGUGUGUUGUCUUUUAUUAAGGUUUAUCAUCAUGUCUAAUAGCAUUUUUAAUGGUGGUAAUCACUUAAGCGUGGUAAAAUAUAAUAAACACACCAUUACUGUUUUGAUUACAGGCCCAGUAUUGCUGUAUUGUAAUGUAUAUUUUUUUUAAACUAGGGUAUUAAAGGAUAUUUUCAUAUGUGCUAAACG